UCAAACCCUUUUCUGUUUUCUUUUUCUUCUCUCUCUCUAUCUCAAGGCGCUCUUUGUCCCUUAUCGUCUGACGUUUUCACUUUCUUUUCUUCCAAACACCACAAGGCAGAGAAAAUUCGCGAUAAAAUCCGCCCCUCUAUGACUGCAAGACACAUACGUGUGGCGUUGAAGCUCUAGAAAACUAUCAUCACCUAGCGUGGUGGAUCCGAUUCUCAAACCGUACACAUCAGCUCUUUAUCACGGCUUCGUUUGAAAUUAGGUUAUUGCUAUCAGUUUUGGCCGGUUUUCACUCUCGUAGAACCGUAGGUUCUAUCCGGCUCAGAGCUUACGGUUCGUGAGCAGUUUCUAUUGGUUCUCUUUCGAUCUUGGGAAUAUCAGUGUUUGGUUACGCAAGUAGCGGCGAAUAGGUGUUUCCUGCCGAUGCGUUUGGGUGGAAUUAUAAUUUCAUGCCGCCAGAACCACUGCCUUGGGAUCGGAAAGACUUCUUCAAAGAGAGGAAGCACAAUAACAAUAAUAGCCACCACGACAGGACGGCGUCUGACUCCUUGCUAGGAGGUGGUGGCGGGCCCUUGACCAGAUGGAGAGAUUACUCCUCGUCCUCUUCUCACUGUCGCGAACUCCCCCGGUGGGGAUCUGUUGACUGUCACAGAACUCCAGGUCAUGGUAAGCAGGGAGGCUGGUACUCGUUUGCUGAAGAAUCUUGUCAUGGUGAUGUGCCUUCUCGAACUGGUGACAAGAUGCUGGAAGAUGAGAGUACCCACAUGUCUGUUUUGCGUGGAGAUGGGAAAUAUGGCCGGAAUGUUAGGGAGAAUAAAGGUUCUCUUAAUCAUAAAGACUGGAAAGGGCAUUCGUGGGAGACAAGCAAUGGGUCAUCCAACAUUCCUGGAAGGCUACAAGACCUGAGUAAUGAUCAGAGGUCAGUCGAUGAUAUGCUUACGUGUCCAUCUCAUCCUCAAUCUGACUUUGUAAACACAUGGGAUCACCUUCAGUUAAAAGAUCAACAUGAUAAUAAAAUGGGUGGUGUCAAUGGGUUCCACACAGGCCAAAGAUGUGACAGGGAGAAUUCACUGGAUUGGAGGCCACUUAAGUGGACUCGUUCUGGAAGUUUGUCUUCUCGGGGUUCAGGGUUCAGCCAUUCAAGCAGCUCAAAGAGCCUGGGCGGCAUAGAUUCCAAUGAAGGGAAGGCUGAGUUACAGCCAAAAAAUGCAAAUCCGGUCCAGUCUCCAUCAGGGGAUGCAGCAACCUAUGUGAUGUCUGCUACGCAAUCAGAGGAGACUACUUCUAGGAAGAAGCCUCGGCUUGGAUGGGGUGAGGGAUUGGCAAAGUAUGAGAAAAAGAAAGUUGAAGGUCCUGAUGCACGUAUGAACAAAGAUGGGGUUGUUGUUUUGACUAGUCACAUAGAACCUGCCCAUUCUCUCUCUUCAAACUUGGCUGAGAAAAGCCCCAGAGUCGUGGGUUUACCAGAUUGUGCAUCACCUACAACUCCAUCCUCUGUUGCUUGCAGUUCAUCAUCAGGUGUAGAGGAGAAUACGUUUAGCAAGGCAGCGAGUGUUGAUAAUGACAACAGUAAUUUAUGUGGCUCACCCAGUAUUGGGUCUCAGAAUCAUCUUGAGGGAUUUUUAUUUAAUCUAGAGAAGUUGGAUAGCAGUUCAAUAACUAAUUUAGGCUGUUCACUUGUGGAAUUGCUUCAUCCUGAUGAUUCUACUUCUUCAGAUUCUAGUUUUGUUCGAAAUACUGGAAUGAAUAAGUUGCUUAUAUUGAAAGGUGAUAUUUUGAAGACACUGGAGGUGACUGAAUCCGAAAUCGAUUCACUGGAAAAUGAACUUAAGUCAUUGAGGUCUGAAUUGGGAAGUAAUUGUCCUUGUCCUGCAACAUUCAGUUCUUUGCCAGUCGAGGGCAACCUAGAUAAUUUAAGGGAACAGGGUGCUGCCUGUAAUUUGAUCACCCAACCUGCUUCUUUGCAAACUGAUUCUUGUGGUGAAGGUUUGUUGGAUGUGCCUGAUUGUAGUCAAGGAGCUCAUGCUAAUGUUAAAGAUGAGGAUGUGGAUAGUCCUGGAACUGCUACUUCUAAAUUUGAUGAACCAUUGACUGAGGUAAAGAGAGAGUUUCUGUCUUACAUGGUAAAAAAGGGUGAAUCUGGAGAUUUGGAUGGUAUUCAAUCAGAAAAUGUAGAACUUAAAUGCACACCACCUGGCUCUGGUAAGGAAGAGGUGACUGGUAGCAUUGCUGGCAGGAAUGGUAAUACACUUUCUGAGAUUGAAGGUGGUGCACUUGUUUCUGAUUAUUUGAAUCUAUAUGCUGAUGGAGAAAAAUUGUGUGAUAUUAUUUUGGGUUGCAAUAAAGAACUUUCUAGGGGGGCUUCUGAAGUAUUUAAUAAGCUAUUGCCAAAAGAUCACUGUAAUGUUGAUUUUUGGGGAGUUACCAAUGUCUUGCAGUGUCAGGACAACUCCUCUGUCAAAGAAAAAUUUGUGAAGAGAAAGCAGUUUUUAAGAUUUAAGGAGAGAGUGUUGACUCUUAAAUUUAAAGCCUUUCAACAUCUUUGGAAGGAAGAUAUGCGCCUGCUUUCGAUAAGGAAAUAUCGUGUGACGUCUCAAAAGAAAUGUCAACUUAUCUCGAGGAUAACACAUAGUGGAUAUCAGAAGCACCGGUCUUCUAUUCGCUCUCGAUUUUCUUCACCUGCAACAGGAAAUCUAAGCCUUGUACCGACCACAGAGAUAAUUAAUUUCACUAGCAAACUGCUUUCAGAUUCCCAGAUCAAGGUUUAUAGGGAUUUUUUGAAGAUGCCAGCAUUAAUAUCGGACAAAAAGGAGAAGAUGGUGUCUAGGUUUAUCUCUAGUAAUGGAUUGGUUGAAGAUCCAUGUGCUGUGGAGAAGGAAAGAGCUAUGAUCAAUCCCUGGACUGUGGAAGAGAGAGAAAUUUUCAUGGAUAAAUUAGCCACCUUUGGGAAAGAUUUUAGGAAAAUUGCUUCAUUUCUUGAUUACAAGACAACUGCUGAUUGUGUUGAGUUCUACUAUAAAAACCGCAAGUCUGAUUGUUUUGAGAAAAUAAAGAAAAGGCCUGUACCAGUGAAGCCGUGUUCUAAUACGUACUUUAUGAGACCAGGCAAAAAAUGGGAUCGGCAGAUGAAUGCAGCAUCCCUUGACAUUUUGGGUGAAGCUACUGAGAUGGCAGCUGCAUUCCAAGCUGACAAUGUCCGACAGAUUUCUGGUAGAAUCUCUUUGGGAGGGUGCAGUGAUUCAAAAUUAUCUUUUGGUGAUGAUGGCAUGACAGAAAGGUCAAGCAGUUUUGAUGUACAUGGGAAUGAGAGAGAAACAGCUGCUGCAGAUGUUUUAGCGGGAAUAUGUGGUUCCUUGUCAUCUGAGGCUAUGAGUUCUUGUAUCACAAGCUCUGUUGAUCCUGGAGAGGGCCAACAGGAGUGGAAGCACCAGAAAAUGGAUUCUUUUAGGAGGCAUUCAACUUCUGAUGUUACUCAGAAUGUUGAUGAUGACACUUGCUCUGAUGAGAGUUGUGGGGAAAUGGAUCCUGCUGACUGGACAGAUGAGGAGAAAUCCAUCUUUAUACAGGCAGUGUCAUCUUAUGGUAAGGAUUUUAUCAUGAUCUCACGAUGUGUUAGAACGAGGUCUAGCGAUCAGUGCAAGGUUUUUUUUAGCAAGGCACGGAAGUGCCUUGGACUGGAUUUAAUACAUACUGGACGUGGAACUGCAGGAACCUGUGUAAGUGAUGAGGCCAAUGGUGGAGGGAGUGACACAGAAGAUGCAUGCGUCUUGGAGACUAGCUCAGUUAUCUCUAAUGAUAAGAUGGACUCUAAAGUGGAUGACUUGCCAUCCUCUGGGGUCAACAAGACUCGGGACAAAUCUGAUUUGGGAACCAUGAACUUGCCCACUGACCUGAAUAAAUCAGGGGAUGAAAAUGGAGAGAGGCUUCUUGAUGAUCAAGAUUCUAAGGAUGUCAGUCCUUUGGUUUCUGAUGACUGUAAGAGACUGCAUAAUCCCGAGGUUUAUUCUGAAUUUGAAAGAAUGAGAAUGGAUAAUGUUGAUUGCCAGUCCGAGUCACUGCAGGCCCACAAGAUUCCUGUUGAAUUUGUUGAGAAGGAAGGAGGAAAAGAUAAAUUAGCAGAACAAGCUGUUGGUCUGCCGGUACCACUCACAAGUAGAGAAGCCAUGAAAUUGUGUUCGUCAGGCUUAAAUGUUGUUGUUGAGACUACUGAGGCUCCUGUUAAGGGAUAUGAAAAUGGUUUGGAGGAUAGAAUUGAGCCUAAUAAAACAUGCAAAGCUGAUGAACAUGGUGGCAGGGGUAUGGUGCAAGGUUCAAAUGUAUUUGGGAAUAUUGUUGAUCUGACUGUAGAUACAAAUUCUUGUUCUGUUCCUCCGAAGUCAGAUAGUGGGGAUAAGCUUCCUGUUAUGUCAUUGCCACUGGAGAAUUCUCUUGCUUCUGUAAGUUCUGUGCCACAAGUUUCUGCUGCCAGUCAAUGUGAAAAAUCAGUUGAGCAAAAUAGGCUGUCCUCUACACUUGACUUUCAGGGGAAUAAAGAUAAAAGUGCUUGUAUGUCUGUUGGCAAUGAAGACUAUCACCGUAAUUUGUUGGGGCAUUCUCUACUGAACCAUGUUGAACACUCUCAGAUUCUCAAGGGUUAUCCGUUGCAGAUAUCCUCAAAGAAAGAGAUGAAUGGCGAUAUUAGUUGCAGACAACUUUCCGAGGUUCAAGGCAUUUCUAAGUCAGACAGGAGUGAUGGUGUGCACUACAUGGCUCAGGAUUGCUAUAUUCAGAAGUGUAGUAGUUCGAUGUCUCAUGCUUCAGUUCCGGAGCUUCCAUUUCUCGCUUCAAACUUGGACCAAAAGAAUGAUCCUCCAAGAUCCCAUUCACGGAGUUUGUCUGACACGGACAGACCACGCAAGAAUGGUGAUGUUAAAUUGUUUGGUAAGAUACUUAGUCGUCCCUCGUCUUCACAGAAGCCAAAUUCCAGUAGUCGGGAGAAUGAAGAGAAGGGAGCCCAUCAUCAUAAACAAAGCUGCAAGGUAUCAAAUUUGAAAUUCACUGCUUCUCAUCCAGCUGAGAUGUUGAAGUUUGAUCGAAAUAACUAUCUAGGUCUUGAGAAUGUUCCUAUGAGAAGUUAUGGAUUUUGGGAUGGGAACAGAAUACAGACUGGUUAUUCAUCUUUGCCUGAUUCCGCCAUUUUGUUGGCCAAGUAUCCUACAGCCUUUGGCAAUUAUCCUGGCUCCUCAUCCAAAAUGGAGCAUCAGGCUUUGCAAGUCAAGAGUAGUGAGUGCAAUUUGAAGGGUGUAGCAGUUCUUCCGCAAAGGGAAAUUAGUAGCAGUAAUGGAGUGGUGGACUAUCAGGUGUAUAGGAGUAGUGAUGUUACUAAAGUACAACCAUUUGCCAUAGAUGUAAAGCAGAGGCAGGACUUGUUAUUCUCCGAGAUGCAGAGACGAAAUGCAUUCGAAGCACUCUCAACUCUCCCACAGCCAGGAAGAGGGAUGGUCGGAGUGAAUGUUGUAGGACGAGGAGGUAUACUUGUAGGUGGACCAUGCACGGGCAUUUCAGAUCCAGUGGCAGCCAUUAAAAGGCACUAUGCUAAAGCUGACCAGUAUGGUGGGCAGAGCGGGAGCAUUAUUCGGGAAGAAGAAUCCUGGAGAAGUAACGGGGACAUAGGCAGGUAGUAGUUGUUCUUUGAGGGCUGGAAAGAAACCCUCCCUCCGGCAGCAGAUGUCUUUCUUUGCUGGCCCCUGUAUAAUAGUUUUUGUAUUGUUCAAUGGAUUUGGUAGGUCAGUUGACAGUUUCUCAGCUCUUUUUGCCCGCUUUUAUUCCUUUAUUUAGGUUAAAAUAUGUAGGUGCUUGUAAUAUUCAGCAGCCUUGUAUUUGUUGUAUUUGAUGGAAAUACAGAAAUAAUCUCUGAAAGUUGGAAGGGGUAAUUCCAGGAUUCUCCUUUAAACAUCUACAAAUUUGACCAUUAACCAUCUUAUACUCAUUAUCUCUAAUGGUUAAAGUUGCUCUUAAAGUUGUUGUCUCUUUAUAA